AUGAAAGCAGGUCAGUGGUUUUUGUUCUCUAAUUUCAUUGCAAAAUAUUUUACAAGUUGUAUGAAAGCUUUCUCUUGGACCGUUUCCGUAACACAUUUGAAGCAUCUUUGCCGUAUUCGUAAAACUUGUUCAUGCAGGUUUACAAUGCCCUAGAUUUAGUUUCUUGGUGCUAAUAUAAUUAGAUGUGCGCUCAGCUGUACAACUAUGUUCGCGGUUAUUGUUUAGCGCAUUUAAAAAUUCCCGGUUUGCAAUCACUCGUCGUCGAAAGCUAAUGUACUUUUCAUUAAAUUGCGUAGUUUAAGUAAGAGUUAAUUACCGAGAAGGAGGGCUUUAUGCUAUAUACAGCCCCGAGAACGCGAAGCGUUCGAGGGCUUUAUAUAGCAUAAAGCCCGACAUUCGAGGUAAUUAACUGACUUAUUUCAUGAUUGAAGAGGUUUUCUAACAAAGUUUUAUUCUUUUUUUUCGAUUUCGACAAGUAUUUUUCUAGUUUUCUCGCUUAUUUCUUGACUAAUUAGGGCUGUAUGGUAUUCAAGGGCAUUAUGCUAUAUACAGCCCGCGGUACAUCAAAGAAAACCGAGUCAAUCAUGAAAUAAGCCCUUAUAGUCAAUUUAGCCCAUAAUUUUAGCAAAGAUUAGCGUAACAAUCACAGCGCGUCACAAAUGCUGCAUGGGUUUGUUUAUUGGACAACUUAAAAUUGAGCUCAUAAUAUUGUGUUUAGUGACUUAGUUUUCAUUCUUUAGAAUUGUGGCUAUUUAUCGCAGCAUGCUUGCUGUCAAUUUGUGUUGGUUAUGGCAGACAUGGCGGAUAUGGUGGUUACGGCCGAGGAGGUAUAAAUAUUUAAAUUUUUAUUAAAUUUAUCAUCUCAUUGAAGUAAAUUCGUUUUUAAAGUGCCUAUGACACGAAAUUUCACCCCCAAAGGUUUAUGGUUGCAUUGUAAAGAUCACUUAAAAUGAUUUAAUAAUUUCUUUUAUAGAAUUUUGGUAACUUGCUCCCUUUUCAAGAUAUUCAACUUUGUUUCAUAUGCAAAUAUCACCGGUGUGACAUAACAUCACAUAAUGAGUUUUCAGAAAAGUAUAGUUUUCUUCUUGACGAAUACGCAUCUAAAAAACUUAAAAAUUGCCCUUGUAUGUUUAUUAAUUUCAUAACUGGUAAUUAACCCUCUGUAUUUGUUUGUAAAAAUAUUUUAUCAAGGUAAAAUAAUGCGUUUUCAAAAUGUCAUUGUGCGAUGUGAUGUCACACCGGUGAUAUUUGCAUAUGAAACAAAGUUGAAUAUCUUGCAAAGGAAGCAAGUUACCAAAAUUCUUUACAAGAAAUUAUUAAGUCAUUUUAAGUGAUCUUUAAUUGUGUGAUUUUAAUGCAAUCAUAAACAUUUGGGGUGAAAUUUCGUGUCAUAGGCACUUUAAGGCAUGCAUUCACCUUUUGAGCGAUGUUAUUUAAUAUUACCAUACAUGAGAAACAUAUAUUGCUGACGAAAUGGCUUUAAGGUGACUCAAUACAGUUUUAAAAGAAAUGUGGAAAAUUCACUAUUUGGGCAAUUAUUACUUGUUGAAAAACAAAAAGUAUUUUACUGUUGUAAAACAAUAUCUAAAUAUCUAAAGAGUUUGAGAUUUUUCAAAAAAGUUACACAACACCCGUUCCUAUGGCGACAAUGACGUUUCAAUAUGGCUUGAAGUUGCUAUUCAUUACCACCUGGUUAAAUCUUGCAAUUCAUACUAAGAGUAAGGCAAGAAUUCGCCAUUUAAUUUGUUUAUAGUUGAUUCAUAAUAUGAUUCAUCAGUAUUGAAAAGUGGAUUAUAUUCAUAAAAAAAUGGAUUAUAUUCAUAAAAUAAACACAUGUAUUAGUUGUAUUUAUAAAUAAAACUUUUUCAAUACUGAAAUUAUACUAAAACAAUUAGUCGCCUCGGGCUCGGUGAUUACAACGAGCUUCGGCUCAGUGAAAAUAGGGCAGGGCCUCUUUUAAGGAUUUUCCCGUGGGGGGGGGGCAUUUUUUGAAAAGGGACCUUUCUGUGAGAUAAUAUAUUACAGGAAGAUAGCAAUGGCUGAAGGCCACGUGUGCGCCGUACAUACCAUGCACGCAUGAAUGAGGGGGGGGGGGUGUACUCCCCCAGAAAAUUUUUGAAAUAUGAAGCACAGAAAUGCAUUUCCUGCAUUCUGAGCAUCCAAAUUCGCUCCAAAAUGUAUACUAACUAUACUUGUAUUUGAAAUAAAAGAAGGAAAAAACCCACAAAAAGUAAAAAAAAAUAUUAACCAUCAUUUAUCAUUACUUAUUAGAGGAGGAUCCCAAUGGUCACGUGUGUGGGGGUGUACUCUCCCAGAAAAUUUUUGAAAUUUGAAACACGGAAAUGCCAUUUCCUGCAUUCUGAGCAUCCAAAUUUGCUCUAAAAUUUAUGCUAACUAUACUUGUAUUUGAAAUAAAAGAAGGAAAAAAUGCACAAAAGUAAAAAAGAAUAUUAACCGUAAUUUAUCAUUAUACUUAUUAGAGGGGGAUACCAAUGGCCGAAGGCCACGUGUGUGGGGGCAUAAUCUCCAGAAAAUUUUUCAAAUUUGAAACCUGGAAAUGCUCUUUCCUGCAUUCUGAGCAACCAAAAAAUAAAAAAUUAUUAACAAUAAUUUAUCAUUACUUAGUGAUAGAAAAACGUAACAAUUUAGAUCGAUUUUGUUAAACAAGGACAAAGGAUAAAGCCUAAAACUUACUUUCCGUUUAUUUAUUUGUUAUUCUUCGCUGUUUUGUUGGUAUAAAUUUAGGAAAAAGAGACUUUUCCUGGGGGGGGGGGGCAAAAUGUGAUUUCGUGGGGGCACAAAGGGGGACUGGGGGGGGGCAAAUGCCCCCCCCCCCUCCAGCUUGUAUGUUAAAAAAGGCCCUGAUAUAUGGUAUAAUAAUCUGGCCUAACAAUUAUUUGCUUUACUAUCUGAUACCAAAAACAAUGUUUCCAGUCAAUGACCCAUAGUGUGCACCAGAACCAGAUAUUGAAGUAUUUUGUGCACAAAUUUUGUGAAUCAAGAGCAGUUAGUGCAUGGCACAUUUGCCGUGCACAUUGCCUUCAUUCCAUGGAGCAGAGGAUUUUGUAAAAGACGUGAUAUUGACGUCGUUUUUGGCCGCAGAAAAGUAUAUUUGACGUAAUCUUCCCUAACUAAUUAGAGAGUUUAAGAUGCCGACAACAAACAACGAGUCGGAUACGGCUGAAAGCUUGUAUUCGCAUGCUUUAACCGAGGCAGACAAAAUUUGCAUAUCCCCCAGAACAUACGCGUUUCGCCGUAGCGACCUUGACUACAGCGUAAAAAUCACAUUCCUGUGAAUUCCUGUGUUGUAAAACAGAAUCAAGAACAUACACCGAAACUGACUACGCAACGUUGCACGUUGGAGAGUAUUUUUAUAACUAGAAAUGAUGAAAGUUAAUAAUAGAUGAAACUUACCGAACACAAAGCCAUGCACAUAAAACAUAUUUGCUGGAUAAAUUUGUCAUGACAAGCAUUUAGUACAGUUUGCAUACAUAUAACAAAAACUAUUUCAAACGUGUCGGCAGUUCGUCGUCAAGAUUUUAAAUUCCCUAUUAUUAUAUUUACAACAGGUGGUGGUUAUGGUGGUGGUCGUGGUGGUGGUUAUGGUGGUCAUGGUGGUGGUUAUGGUGGUCGUGGUGGUGGUUAUGGUGGUCAUGGUGGUGGUUAUGGUGGUGGUUAUGGUGGUGGUCAUGGUGGUCGUGGUGGUGGUUAUGGUGGUCAUGGUGGUCAUGGUGGGGGUUAUGGUCAUGGUGGUGGUCAUGGUGGAUGGCCAAAACCAACGACACCCGCAGGGCCUGCAUCAUGUUUUGACAAUACAGACUACGUCCGAUGUUCUCCUGAAACGGAUUACCAUCCUUCUGUGUGUGACUGUGGAAACAGGAGAGUAUGUUAUAUACAGAUGACAAUCACCAGAAAUGCUGGCGUCACAGCGAGAGGGGAUCAGGGCAGUAAGUACAGCGUCAAUGGCGGAAGAAUUGGUCCUACUAUUAUGAUAAACCAAUACCAAAUAUUAGUAGUUGAUCUGACCAAUAAUCUGCCAGAUGAGCCUACUACAAUGCACUGGCAUGGCAUGCACCAGACCAAUGUGCCGUGGAUGGAUGGUGUUCAAAUGAUCACGCAGUGGCCUAUACCUGCUAAUGGCGGGAAAUUCAGGUAUGCUUCAUCUAUAUUAUUGGUAUUUUAUGCUUUGAUAUUCUAUAUGCAUGGAGUUCCUCAGGGUUCAAUAUUGGUUCCACUUCUGUUUUUAAUUUAUAUCAAUGAUUUCCCGAACUGCUUAUACAACACUCUACAGCACGUAUGUUCACCGUUGAUACUAACAUCACAGUGUCCGGUAAAUCAAUUGAAGAAGCUGCGGUAGCCGUUAAUGCUGAUCUCAAUAAUAUCAGAGAAUGGCUUCUAUCAAACAGGCUUUGUCUUAACCUAGUCAAAACGGAAUAUCUUUUGAUUGGAUCACGGUACAAUAUUAAUUAUAACACGUUGGAAGAACAACCGCGUAUUUUUAUUGGGGAUGAACCAAUUAAAGGAGUUCAGAUUACAAAAGCUCUUGGAGUCAAAUUGAUCAAUUUUUAACUUGGGACAGUCAUAUUGACCAUAUAUAUUUCGAAAAAAAUAACUUCUGGAAUAAGUGCCAUGAAAAAGAUGAAGGAUUUCAUUGAUUCCGAUACUUUGAUGUCAGUUUAUUAUGGCCUUGUCCAACCCCAUUUCGACCACUGUUGUGAAGUUUGGAAUUCCAUUUAGUAGAGGCCAGUCUGAACGACUUUAAAAACUUCACAACAGAUGUGCUAGAAUUAAUGAACUUUAGAGAUGAGCCUGGGCAAUCUCAACUGGCCCUUGAACAAUAAGGGUGGAAAAGCUUGGAAGAAAGGCGAAAACAUAUUAUGGCCCGGCUCAUGUUUAAGGUUGUCAAUAAUUUGGCACCGUCAAGGUUCUCAUCAAUGUUCCAGAAUUCUAACCAUAUCCACAGUUAUUUACAAGGUUCAAAUUCGUCUCUCUUUCUGCCACGACCAAAUACCUACCCUGGUUCUAGAGGCUCUUUGCGAGGCGAAACAAACAAGAGGUGAGAAGGAAGAGCCUCUGGUCACAUCGGUUGCAAAUCCCACUUCCACACUUGAUUAGGGUUCAGAAUUUGAAUCUCGCAUGUGAUUGGCCAUUUGUAAAAAUAUGUCAAACCGGUUUGGGAAAUAAACAUUACUGCAAGCUAUUUAAAGCUAUAAUUAGCUUGCAACUCAGGUAAAACUGAUCAGGAAAAAUUCAAGUUUAAAUUUUGACAUUUUCAGGUGAAAUGUGCAUAAUAAAGUCGUUAUUUUUGUGAAAUGAUAACCAUUUUUGUAAAAUAUAGUCAAUUUAGACCCAAUUCGUUUGCGAAUUUGCUUUAGAAAGCGCCAGAAAUGCAGUCCUGGAGCUUCAAAAAUGUAAAAAUUUUCUGGGGGACCCCCCUUUCUUCGCAAACUUAGCAUGACAGUGGAAAUCGAUCAGAAAAAGCUCUAUUAUAAUUAUUACACUUCAGGUAAAUUUUUAACAUUGAAGUUCAAAUUUCAGGUGAAAUCCCCCCCCCCCAACUUCAUGAUCAGGUGCUUCGCUACGUCCCGUGCAUGUUCUGCUGUUAUUAUGUUAUGUUUGUGUGCACGUUUCGUGUUGGCAAAGCGAGCCUAUUCCAAGGAAAUUUCAAUACUGCACACUUUAGAGCAGGUGUCAUCAAUGACGUCACCAUACAGCCAGAUAAAAGUUUCCAUUUCCGAUUGACCCCAGCAUUUUUACAGUAAAUAUUUCAGAAAAAAUAACCAUACAUCUUCUCUAAAGCAUUACUUCAACUUUCAUGCUUAAAGUAGAUAAAUUUGGAAAAAGCGUUGAAUUUUUAGUCAACUUUUUUCUAGUCCUACGAUAGCCGGCAAUUUUCCACGUUUAUUCCUGUUUCCUAGGAUGAGAAAUAUAAUGUAGACAAAGGUUAAUUAAUGCACACUUGUACAUUGAGAAAAGUUUGCCGCAGUGUAAUUGUAAAUUCUUUAAAAAUGCUCUAUGGAAUUCUGAAACCUCUAUCAAAGCUUACAACUUCUUGCCUUCUGCUCGAGUUUAAUUGUGUAUCUGAUACAAUACGGUCGCUGAUGCUAAUAACUAAGUACUAGUUAAAACAUGAGCAGCCGAUCGUAAUUUUAAAAAUAAACAUUGUCUAAGCCGAGAAAAUCAAAGACAAAACUGUAUGUAAAGCUGUUAUGUAAAUCAGGACAACUCUUUAUCCGAUUUACAAACAUUGAUUACACAUUCAUUUCUUUUGUAUUUUCCUCAUUAAUUAUUAAUGAGUUCUUUAACAUUAAUUAAUUAUUACAUGUUAGAUAUAUUCUCCGAGCUCAUCCCUCAGGAACCAAUUGGUAUCAUUCUCACACGGGAUUACAGAGAGAUGAAGGCAUUUUUGGUGCUUUGAUCGUAAGAGAGAAACGAAGUGUGGUCUCGACGUUGUCCUCGAGAAUGGGAAAUAAUCAUAUCCAAGAUAAUCGAUAUCAUAUGAUGGCUAUCACAGAACACAUGAGAAAACCAAUAGAUCAGAAGAACCCAAAUCCACCAUGUGUAUAUGAUGGGUCUAGCCCUGCUACGAAAUAUAGAAUCUAUUCAUUUCAAUUGAACGGAAUAAAACUGGAUCAAAAAAUAGACAAAGACGGCGUUUCUCCACAGGUAACUUUUACAAUUUGAGUUUUUCAAUAACAGUACAUGCAAACCGAAAACUGUGUUUAAGAGCGAGGUCGAUCAAGGGGCAAAUCACUCCUAAAAAGUGUAAGAGGCCAUAAAACCAUACCGCAUACGAUUAUUUUUGUGAUUUUUCAAUUUUUUGCGAUUUCUUAGUGAAUUUUAUUUCAUUUUUUCUGGUUUUAUGUGGUAGAUUUUUAUUUUUGUAUUUGUUUUGUAAUUUUUGUGAUUUUUCUAAAGGUUUACGUGAUUGAAAUCAGAGAUUUGUCCUUCGCUUGAGAGGUCAAUGACCACAGAACACAUAAGAUCUAAAUGGGUCGUUUUUUACACACACGUGUUUAAUAAAACACUCGCCAGUCCAUGCUUCAUUAUAGGUAUAAAACAAUGGCCUCGUAAAAAAGUGCCAAUUAAUCUCGUUAUAACUUCAAUUCGUCACGUGGCACCUAGCCUGCUCACACCAACGUCUGUGAGCAGGCUACGUGGCACCAGUACGGGAGAGAAAAAAUUAGGGGGCAGAAAGAAAAACAAAAUUUCCAUGUAAACUUUCCAAAAUUCUUGUCGACAGGGGAGGCGGGAGGGUGCGAGGAGUUGGAAAAUAUUUCGAAGGCGUUAACAUUUUUCGAAACUAAUUAUAUAUUUCUUGCAUUUUCGACUAUUAUCUUAUUUCUCCCAUCUUUUUGCUUGUUUGUAAUUUGCCCAAAUUCAUUCCCCUCAAUCUCAGGCAUACAUCCGUCAAAAAAGUGCUUAUUGACAGCCCUGUACGUGUGAACUUACAUUGCAAAGCUCAAUUAUUGUUGAUGAAUCUCACAAUAGAAAUUACAAUUUUCAGGAACCAUCCUUCGCUGUCUCUCCUGGAGAGUAUCAUCGUUUUCGAGUCGUUGGAGCCAUGGAAGAAACUGUUCUUCGUGUUUCUGUCGACGAUCAUAAAUUGUUUGUGGUUGCUACGGACGGAUAUCUUACAGAACCAUUUGAAGUUGACAUUGUGCAUCUCCAUGCGGGCGAGCGUUACGACUUUAUUCUGAAGGCACGUGACAAUGUUCCUUUGGGAACUGUUUUUCCAAUUAGAAUCGAAUCUGUCGACGUGAAUUGCACAAACCACGACCAACCUGCACGCAUUGGCUUUGCAUAUCUGAAAUACUCCAAUUCAGGAACAGACAUUAGGGGAAAUGUACCGAAGGAUUCAAAGCACUGUAUUAAAGAUUGUAUAGCAUUGAAUUGUCCUUUCGCUGCUUAUCCGGUAGCUCAUAAAAAUCUUCCAAACGCUCCAUCUUAUAAAUGCAUCGACGUGUACGAUGCUCUUAGUCUUCUUGAUCCAACUCCAGAUUACGAGCUUUCUGACGAUAAAACGCCAGCGACCACGAAGUUUUUCAACCAUAAUUUCUACAUUAAAAAUGAUGUACUUACAGCAAGGGUUAAUAACAUUCAUUUUGCGUUCCCCAAUACUCCCUUUCCCGUGAGUGGACAAAAUCCUGUAAAAGAUGAAUGUCCUUAUCAGACGACUAAGGACUGUAAAAGAUGCCCACAUACAGUUUCUGUGCGUAAAGAAUAUCAGUCGAAACCGAUAGAAUUCGUGCUCUCCUCACUUCCGGUUGACAAUUUUGUCUUACAACAACCAAUCACAAGGCUCGGAACACAUCCCAUUCAUCUGCACGGUCGAUCAUUUUGGGUGAAAGAAAUUGGCUAUCCAACAUAUUCUGAUGAAGGAAAGAUUACGAAAGUGAACGCUGAUGUGGAUGUGCCACCGUGUGGUUUUGGAAAGUGGAAGAACGGAAGACCAUCUUCAAUCAAACCAGUGAACAAAACAUCAAUCCGGAAAGACACAAUUAUCGUCCCAGCUGGUGGUUAUGUUGUCAUUGAGUUCGUGGCACAUAAUCCAGGAUCGUGGAUAAUGCAUUGUCAUAUUGACCGUCAUCUCGUCGACGGAAUGGGAAUUGUCAUAAAAGAAUUGCCGGAAUGUGCAAAUCCUCCUCCACCGCAAUUUAUGACACAAGCUAAGGAAGUUUGCAUCAGCGUCGACGACUUUCUUAAAAGAGAGCGCAAUCAAGUAUGUCCAGUGAUCAGCGUGGUAGCAGGUGACGAACAACUACCGAGCGAAUUGGAAAAAGACGAAUUUGAAGAUUUCAACAGCUCUAAAGACGACAAUAACGAUGAAUCUGCAUACCGCAAACUGAAGAAAUCUCUGGAUUACGAAGAAGAACAACAGCACCCAAGAGCCAAUUUACGUGGAUUUCAAAAUGGCAAGCCUUUGGACGGAGAAAGCAGAGAAUGGUUUAAGAAAAAAUGAACAAAAGCUCUCGCAAUUUGAAAGUUGAGUCCUUUCAAAUGAAAUUGCUUAUAGGUAGUGCUUGCAAUAAGUAUCAGCUGUGAACUGCUAUAGAAAUAUAUAGAAUUAGAUUGGCAACAGGACUAAAAAAAGUCAUUAAAUUGACCUUUCCCCUUAUAACUAAAAUUUCGAUCUGGACAAAAAUUUCAUCACAGCUUGAAAGAGCAUCACAAAAUUAGUAAUAUUCCAAAGUUUUGUUGCAAAAUCUUGUAAAAUGAGGAAAAUAUAGCCUUGCGAAGUUUGCCGUUUUUCAGUCAUUUUGUAUUACAAACGGGAAAUUGACAUCCGAUUCGGGUGUUGGGGCUGCAAUUUCCCGUUUGUAAUACAAAAUGACUGAAAAUUGCAAAUUUCACAAGGCUCUAUUUUCCUCAUUUUACAACAUUUCGCAACGAAACUUUGGAAUAUUACUAAUUUUGUGAUGCUCUUUCAAGCUGUGAUGAAAUAUUUGUCUAGACUUGCCUAGAUCAAAAUGUUGGUUAUAAGGGGAAAGGUCUAUUGUUAUAGUAUUUUGAAUUUCCAUCUUCAUUCCACGAUGAUGUAAUGUUAACUAGUAACGUAGAUGUCUGCACUUGUAGCUUUGCAGUAAGUAUAUUACAUGUUUUGCCUUAAUCUCACAGUUUCUAUCAGUUGUUUUAAGAAGUGUUAUUUGGGACCGGUUGUAUCAAAACGUAGUAGUCGAAGUUUGACUAUACGUACUUAGGUCUUGGCCACAGAAUAACAAUUUAACCAGAAGCUCCACUCUCCACGUUACACUUGUUUGGCGAUCUGAAACGAGCGCGGCCAAGCCAUGCAAAUUUAUACAACGCACUUGUUUCCAGAUCGCUAAACAAGUGUAAUCAGCUUUUUGAUAUGUCGAGAGUGGGACUUCUGGUUAAAUUGUUAUUCUGUGUCUUCGCGUUAAGCAACGUUUACA